CUGUUGCUUCGUCUCUCGCUCGCUGACCGAGGAGGAGAACCAGCUCCGCUCGUUCGACGGGGAGCCUCGUCAGCGUUCGAUUCCCUGAUGUUUGUUUGUUUGUUUGUUUGUUUGUGUGUUUUGAUGAAACAUCAUCAUCAUCAUCCUCACGUAGGAAACAUGUUGGUAUGAGAGCAUCCUCCUGUUGUCAGGACUCCUCUCACGUCCGUUAGUCAAAUCCAUCCUCUCCUCCUCCAAACUGUCUGUCUCCUCUCCUCUCCUUUCUUUACACUCUUCUUCUCUCUCUAUCCCUCUCUCUCUCUCUUUCUCUCUCUCUCUCUCCCCCCCUCCGCCUCUUCCUUCCUUCUCUCAGUUGCCACUGCCAUGACAAUUCAUUGAGAGGAGAGGACGCCAAAGUGAAGUAUCGCCCUGCUCGCUGAGAGGAAGGAAAGGAAGAGGUAGAGAACAAGGCAGAGAGAGGAGGAGAAGAAGGAAGGAAGGAAGAAGGGAUAAGAAGAGAGGGAGAGGCAAAGGAGGGAGGGAAGGAAGGGUAAGGGGGCGAGAAAGCGAAGGGAUAAGCGGUGGAUGGAGGCAGCUCAGACCCGGGCUACGGAGCGCUCUUCAUCGACGAAGACGAGCAGCAGCAGCAGCAGGGGGGAGAGGAGAUGGAGGCGAAAGGCAGAAACAUGCCCUCAGACAUCAGUUUCCUUCCUCGCCCGGCGAUGGUGUGGUGCGAGCGCGGGAUCCAGGUGCUGCUGACCACCAUGGGGGCGUUCGCGGCCUUCGCCCUGAUGACGGUGGCGAUCGGCACCGACUACUGGCUGUACGCCCGGGCCUUCAUCUGCAACAGCACGGCCAACUCGUCCCAGGACGACGCCAACAACAAGGACAAGAAGGACCCCGGGGCGCUCACCCACUCGGGCCUCUGGAGGAUCUGCUGCCUGGACGGCCUGAAGCGAGGCGUCUGUUCCCAGAUCAAUCAUUUCCCGGACGACGCAGACUACGACCAAGAUUCUGCAGAGUAUUUGCUGCGUGUGGUCCGAGCCUCCAGCAUCUUCCCCAUCCUCAGCGCCAUACUGCUCCUGCUGGGCGGAGUGUGCGUUGCUUCCAGCAGCUUCUACAAGAGCAAGAGGAACAUUAUCCUCGGUGGAGGGAUUCUCUUUGUGGCGGCAGGUCUCAGCAACAUCAUCGGCGUGAUCGUGUACAUCUCGGCGGCGCUGAGUGACAUCUCCCCGAAGAAGGACGAGGACAAGAAGUGGCACUACUCGUACGGCUGGUCCUUCUACUUUGGCGGCCUGUCCUUCAUCCUGGCUGAGAUGGUGGGCGUGCUCGCCGUCAACAUCUACAUCGAGAAGAACAAGGAGCUGCGCUGCCGCUCCCGCACCGACCUCUUCAAGAGCACCACGCACGCCAUGCUGCGGCUGCCCAGCUACCGCUUCAGGCGGCGCUCUCGCUCCAGCUCGCGCUCCACCGACCCGCCGCACUCGCAGGAGAACUCGCCCAUCGGCGCGUCCAAGACCUUCAGCCUGCCGCCCUCCGCCCCGCCGUUCUCCGUGGCCACUCUGCCCAACCCGCACCACUCCAGCAGCAUCUCCAGCGGUGGUGGCGGCGACAUCUCCAUGUACACGCUGUCGAGGGACUCCAAGCUGGGCAGCCUGGGAGGCGGCGCCCCACCUCUGUACGGCACAGUGGACCGCGCCACGCUCUACCAGCUCCACAACUACUUUCCAAAAGAUUCCGGCGGAAGCGGAAGUGGAGGAGGAGGAGGAGGGGGGGGCGCGGUCAUAAGCAGCGGCACGCUCCCGUCUCACUCCAAGUCCAACUUGGCAGCAGCGGCAGCUGUCGCCCAGAACGCUGCGCCGCUGAACACCUCCACAUCUGCUGCCACACCGGCCCAGCCGGCCCAGAUGUCCACCGCCACCAUGGAGCGGGACAGGGGCAACGUGGGAACCCUGGACCGACUCACAGCCAAGAGGGACAGGGAUAGUAACUCAGAUACGCUAAACAGGAAAACAACGCCAGUUUAAAGGUAAACCACAGAGAGGAGGAGGAGGAGGAGGAGGAGGAGGAGGAGGUUCGGGGAGGGCGAGCAUCAACAUAAAAAUUAGAGACCUGAUAUUGUAUUCGUAGCGAUGUUCGAGAUAUCUGAGUUGAGAGAGAGGAAGUUGCUGGAAAUGUGCGGGUGACACGUCGGCGAUAAAUGUCUCUGUCCUCGAGCUUGAGGUAAAACUGCCAUAACUACUCACCGUGAUCAUAAACAGUCAUAAAACAUCUGGUUUGUACAAGUUUCAUGACAUCCGCCUUAAAAUGGUCAUGGCCUUUACUCCCAAAGUUUGGCAAGCGUGCAGCAACGAUGCAUUGGGGGUCUAGUGCCUUGCUCGGAAGGCAGGGGGAGCUCAGAGGAAGGAACCUUCAACUUCUCUUUGAGUUUAGACAUUAAUCACAAUAGUUUAUGACACGACAUUAAACCAUAUAACCCUUGAACACUUGGCCGGAUGUUUUUAAAGGUACCAGAGAGACACAGACGGGCAGAUCGUGACAAUCUGCCCAGUGACGAAGGCUCAGACGGAAGGUUUGUACAGUUGGAGCGCCUUGUUUUUGUGAUAUAACGAGAAUUGAUUUCAAGGUUGUUGUUUUUUAUGACUGUUUAUGGUGAUGAUUAAACCGAUGAAGGCUCCGAGGCAGCGUCCGUUGAGUGUUCCUGCUAAAGGGCUGCAGCUACAGGCAACCGGGUGGAGGUUAGUCCAGUUUACACUCAGGGGGGUGGAGUCUAGUUACAUCACACAACAUGAAGAAUUUUAAA